UGACGUCACGGGAUUGCUCGCAUGCUGAGGCUGCAGUUUGUCUCCUGUUCAUCCAGACUCAUGCGUGUCCCAUGUGGGGUCAAACAUUGCUCUUUUACUCUUAAAAUCCGUUCUUAACUGUAUUUAACUCGCCAUGUCGUGGGUUAAAGCCGCGUCCUUUAAUGGAGAAGAUGUUUUUGACGAGAGUGGGGACGAGCUGAGUCUCCAGAGUAAAGAAUGGAUGUCCAACAUGAAGAAACGAGUCAAGGACGGCUAUGUGGACGGGGUGGAUGCCGGGGAGGAGGCUUCGCUUCAGGCCGGGUUCGACCAGGGCUUCAGGGAAGGAGCGGCGCAGACUGCGGCUGUGGGCCGACUCAAGGGGAUGGUCAGUGCUAUAAGCUGCUGGUGUCAGAUCCAGCAUCCUGAAAGCCCUGUCCCAGCCGCUGUGACUGACCUCCUGCAGCAAGUUGUAAAGCAUGAAGACCAGAUCAUGGACGGCAUCAAGAGGGCUCUAGAGAAUCCUCCUCCCAGUGUGAGUGAUGUCUCUGAGAGCAUGGAGGACUUGGAGGUGGAGCCGAGCGGCUGUGCGGAGGGAGCAUGCAAAGAGUCGGACUGUUGCAGGACAGCAGAAAAAAUGGAGUUGGGUUCACGGUCCACCGACUGCUCAUCCAGCGUGGAGGAAGAUCUAAACCACCUUCUGCAGCGUUGCGUGGAUGUGGUGUUGAAUCUGGGACUGCCACAGGAGCUGAUCGCUCACAUAGAGGAGAUAAAAAGGCUGUGAAAGGUCACAGCAGGUUCAAAGCUCAGCUGGGAUGCUUUAAGCCCGAGGCAAAACAGGGUUUUGUGAGAGUGU